GUUAUUUAUUUAGCUGAGCUGCUGAUUCUUAAGAUGUGUGAUCAGAAAAAUUAUGGUGACCAAGGUGAGAUGUUAAACACUGAGGAUGUGGACGAGCUGUCAGCCAGUGAUGAAUCUGAGCCUGAGGAACGAACCAGCAAUGCUCCCUUUGAUCCAGAGCUGGAUGAUGAUGAUGAUGAUGAUGAUGAUUACGAUUAUGGUAGGGAGGUUGAGAUCUCUGCUCUAGCUGCAGGACACCAAGCUCAGAGUUCCUUCAGUCUGAGAGGAGGGAGUUCAGCUUUCUCAAACCGUAGCCACAGCAUCUUUGAAUGCCUGGACAGUGUUGCCCGGCCAACUGCCUCCUCUCUGAGCCAAGAUAACGUUACUGAUGGAGUAUUUGCUCGGCCUCUGCCUCCACAUCCCAGCAGAAAGACAAGUCAGCCUCUGUCCAACUGCCCCACACCGGCAAAGAAAAGAGGAGUUCCGGACUACCUGGUGCACCCUGAGCGCUGGACCCGCUACAGUCUGGAAGAAGUGACAAUGACCUGUGACAAGGGCAACAGAAGGGCAGCUCACAACUUCCUCUUCAGUCUGCAGCAGAGGAAAGAGCUACAGGAGAGCAGGAGUGAUUCCUCCUGUGACAUCCAGCAGAAGAUUAUCUUCUCCAGACCCAGUGGGAUGCUAACUGAACAACCUGCUGAACAGCUGUCAGCUGUUGGAGGCAAAGAGGAGACACACCUUAGUCAUCUGGAGGAAGACGACGAGGAUGAGGAGGGCAUGGAGGAAGCCAGAAACCAGAGUGUAGAAAAAGCUGAGGAAAGGGCGAGAGAUGAAGAAAAAGACAAGAAGGGAGUUUUGGGUCAACCAGAGGAGAAGAAAUCGGGGCAGAAAGAAAAAGAGGAGGAGGAAGAGGCCAACUCCGCCUUUCCAUCUUUCAGGAAGACCAAGCGUAAGAACUACAGGAAAAGCUCAGGGCAAGAUGAUAAUUGACCACUACACAGCUCUUUGCCGCCUCAUCACUGUGUCAAAAUAGUACAAACCACAGAUGUAAAACACAUAGCAAAUGGGCUGACUUUACUGCACUCAGUCCAGAGCACAGUGCAAGCGGGAGGAUUUUGUAUUGAGCCCAGAACAGAUUUUUGAAAUGUUGGAGCGUUGCCUUAUCACCUGCUCCAAUUUCACUGCAGUACUGCUCACACCUCGAGUUUGAAAAGCAUCCCCAAGCCUGUCUUUGUGUUACUGCAGCAUAUGCAGAUGAACGGAGCAUGCCCGACCUCCCACCCUAAUGCUUGUGAUACAGUAGACUUUUUUUCUGGAAGGGCUCCAGGCAUUAAGGGAAGGUGGGCUCCAUUCAUCUAAUAAAUACAAUGCAGCAUUUUUCCUUUUUUGGAGCAAGUGGUUGAGCGAUUUGCAUAAAGCCAGGUAAAAUCUGAGUGGAGCGUAGAGCAAUACUGAGCAAAGUGGCUGGAAGCAACUUUGGGCAAGGGGGCAGAGAAAACAAACAGCUCUGUGAGCGAGGAGUGUAAAUUUUCACUGCUCCAAUGAUGCUAUGUAUUCCCAAACCUCACAUUGAUAAA